UGCUGCAAUUAGUUCAUUGAAAACUCAGUUGCUCUCUGAGCUGUCGGGCAGAGACUGCUUUCGGCUUUUUUUUUCUACUGAUUGCUGAGAUCUCUUAUAGAGAGCUGCAACAAUGCCCAAAAGAAAGGCUGCAGGUCAAGGUGAAAUGAGGCAGGAGCCAAAGAGAAGAUCAGCCAGACUGUCUUCUAUGCCUGUACCUGUUAUACCAGAGUUGAAGCCCAAAAGAUCUUCAACUCCAAGGAAAAUGAAGAUAAAAAAUGAUACAAUGGAAAAAAACACAGAUACAAGUGCCAAAACAAUAGCUGAAACCAAGCAAGAAGUUGUUAAAGAAGAAUACAACAAUGAAAAUGCUGAAAAUGGAGAAACCAAAAUUAGAGAGGCACCAGCUCCUGAAAAAGAACUUGAGGAAGUAAAAGAAGAAAAAGUUGAAGCUGUUGAAGAAGAGGGAGCAGAAAAGAAAGAAGCAGGUGAAGAUGAAAAAGAGGAAGGAGAAGAUAGCAAGGAGGAAGAAGAUAAACAAGAGAAAGGAGGUGAAAAACAGGGUGAGUAUGGCAAGGGGAAAGGAAAAGAUGGCAAAGAAUCUGAAGAUGGAGAAAAUAGAGGAGAAGAUGAAAAACAAAGAGAAACUAGAAAAGAGAAUGAAGAUGGGAAAGAGGAUGAAGAUGGAAAAGAGGACAAAGGUGGAAAUGAGGAAGAUGGAAAAGACGACAAAGAUGAAGAAAAAGCAGAAGAAGAAAGAAAAGAACAAAAUGGGAAAGGAGAUGGGAAAAAUAGAGGAGAUGGAAAGGAAGAUGAAAACAAGGCUGAAGUUGGAAAAGAGGUAGUCAAAAAAGAAGAGGUCAAAAAGGAAGAUGGAAAAAAAGAGUCUCAGAGUAUUAUUUAA